CGUAGAUGGACCUCAUAGCCCACAUAGUAGCCCCCUAUCUCGACCCUCGUGACUGCCGGGCUCUGGUAGUGGCUUGGCCAAAGAGCCGCUACGGCCCUGACGACUUAACGAGGCGGAUCUACACCGACUUGAUCGUUCGAGUCGGAUUACGGCCUCCCUACGAAUCUUCACCACGUGAAGUAUACUACUCCCUCAUCUACGGCAAAUACUGUGACUUUUGCAACCUUUCCAUCGACAGUGCUGAUCCGACCUCUUGCGCAUCUUAUUUUUUGUGCGAGGCAUGCAGCGACCUCUGGAUUCACCCCGGAGAUCGACUUAACGGUAUCAACCACGACCUGGACAUCCUUUCUGCCGUUUCCGCCCCCCUCACAUCGAAACUCCAACGCUUGCUUCAAGGCUCUAUUUGGGUGCCCAAGUGGGAGCUUCUCACCAUCUUAGAACCACUGAAACGACUGACUGAGCGCGACGUCCACAUUCACAAAUCCCGUCUGCUAUGGCGCUUCCGUGGUCAGGUCUACGAAAAGCGUGUCCACACAAUUUUUACUGAGGAGCUCCGUCGACUCGGUCUGCCCGGCAACCGUCACACCGGCGCUCUUCUCUGUAACGCCGUCGAUGACCCCAUUAAUUGUCUGCUAGGAUGCUCCUCUCUAAUUCAAGCAUAUACAGCGACUCAGGAGAUGCUAGAAGCCUUGGUCGCUUUCGACUCUAUCCCUCAACGCAAUAUUCGUGACAUCGUCAAAAUGCAGCUCCAGAGGAAGGCGAUCACUGGCGAGGGCGCAUUGCACGACUUAUCUGCAUCGCGUCAGUGUUGGGAAGGGAACUGUUCUGGAUCAACUUGUGUGUUGGGCUCCGAUGCUUGUUCCCAGAUUGCCAAGAUCCGACGUCUACCAAUACCAGCAAACGUUACACCUAUAGCCUCGAAACGAUCGAGUGAUCAACGACAGUCCGUUGCGAUGAAGAGGCGUAGGCGAUUGAGAUGCGUCGCGUAGGGUUUCCUC